UCGGUAUAGCCAAUUUCGUUGCCGAUCAAAACACAGGGUGCUUCGUCCUCCAUGGCUUUGUACGAACCUUCGAUUUCGAGCUCCAACUCGUACUAACCCCAAAAUACCCAAUUCGGAACCAGUUAUUGAAUCUCCAAAUCUCAGAGUCGUCGCACGCGAGAAAAAGCAUCGACACUGAUACCCCAAUUGAAAAGGAGCAUUCUCUGGAUCAGGCGGUCAUUGUAAAUAUUUGCAUUAAUUUCGCCUUUAUGUGCUAUAGUACUACAACUUUGUCAUGCACCACUAUGUUUUCUGGGUUUGUGACACAGAGGAUGAGUGGAAACUAAUGCAAUGGCAACAUCUAGCAAAUUUGAUAUGCCUUCUGGUAGUCCAGAUAGACCAUUGUACACCAGUGGGCAGCGUGGAUCCCACAUUGCUGGUCCAUUGGACAGAUCAGGUAGCUUUCGUGAGAGCAUGGAGAAUCCAAUUCUAUCUUCUCUCCCGAACAUGUUGAGAAGCAGUUCUGCAGUAACACAAGGAGAUGUAGUGAACUUCUUCCAAUGCUUGCGUUUUGAUCCGAAGACACUGGUUACAGAGCAUAAGUCCAGUCGUCAAGUGGAAUUUAAACGUUACGUGGGUGGUUUACUAGGCGUUUCACCAGAUGAUUCUCCAUCCAGUUCUUCAAAAGGCAAGCAGCUACCAUCUCCGUUACCAGAGGAAAUCAAACGAGUAAAGGCUUGUCUUCAUGAAAGCCAUGUUAAGGCGAGCAGGGCACGGGUGAAAAUUUUCGAUGAAUCCUUAUGUGUCUUCAACAAAUGCUUCCCAAGCAUACUGUCAAAGAAGAGAUCUCGAUCAGAAAGUUUUUCUAGUGACCGGUCUGGUGUGUUGUCAAGUGAUCGGUCAGUCCAAGGGCCAAAUGUAGGUAAAAUCGGAAUUCAGAGUCACACCGUCACCAGUGGUUUUGAACUUGAGCAGCAAAAACCAGAAGAACGGACUAAAAAUGCUGUCCCAAACAAGCGCACUCGAACUUCUUUGGUGGAUGUGAGAAUGGAUGUGCGGAGUAAUGCUCUUGUCAGGCCAUCUGGGGUUGUAGAUAGGGAGAGGGAAAUGCUAAGGAUUGCAAAUGGUGGUGCAGUUCAGGCUGAGGAUCGAACAUUACCUAUUGGUGUUGAUGGUUGGGAGAAGUCAAAAAUGAAGAAGAAGCGCUCUGGGAUAAAGCCAGAUGUUUCUCCAAGUACAUUGUCAAAUAAACCAAUUGAUGGCUACCGGGAACCUAAACAGGGAAUACAGCAAAGGCCUGUCGCUGAUGCCCGGUCAAGAUUAAGUAAUGAAUCCCAUGGUUUCAGGCCAGGAGUCCUUAAUGGAGCUGUUGGAGUUGGAAAAUCAGAUGGUAUCUCGCAACAGACUGGCUUGGGCAUGCGUUCCUCCAUCCCUAGGACUGACCCCGAGAAUAAUUCCCUUACAAAUGAUAGGAGAGAUCGUCCUAUUGGAUCAGAUAAGGAAAGGGUGAAUGUUAGAACCGUCAAUAAGACAAAUGUUCGGGAUGAUUUUAAUUCUGCUAGUCCUACCUCAAACACGAAAAUGAAUGCAUCUGUCCGGGCUCCGAGAUCAGGUUCAGGCGUUGCACCCAAGUUGUCCCCUGUUGUCCAUAGAGCAAAUGUUCAGAAUGAUUGGGAGAUUUCUAAUUGUACAAACAAGCCCCCUGCUGCUGUUGGAGUCAAUAAUCGCAAACGCAUGACAUCAACACGGUCUUCAUCCCCGCCUGUUGUUCACUGGGCUAGCCAACAGAAGACCUCCCGUACUGCAAGACGAACAAAUCGUGUUCCUAUUGUUUCGAGUAAUGAUGAAACUCCUAAUCUGGAUACUGGGUCUGAUGUUACUGGUAAUGACAUUGGGUUGGGAUUUGCCAAACGCAUGCCUGGAAGUUCUCCUCAGCAAGUGAAAUUAAAAAGUGAUCCGUUGUCUUCAGCCACCUUAUCUGAAAGCGAGGAGUCAGGGGCUGUGGAAACUAAAUCCAGAGAUAAGUGCAGAAAAUCUGAUGAGAUAGAUGAGAAAGCUGGACAGAAUGUAACAAAAGUGUCCUCUCUGGUCCUACCAUCAAGAAAGAAUAAGCCAGUUGCUGGGGAAGAGCUUGGAGAUGGUGUUCGGAGGCAAGGGAGGACUGGGCGAGGUUUUACUUCCACAAGAUCUCUCAUGCCAAUGACAGUUGAGAAGCUUGGCAAUGUGGGAACAGCAAAACAGCUCAGAAGUGCAAGACUUGGUUUUGAUAAGACUGAAAGCAAGGCAGGUCGUCCACCAACUAGGAAACUUUCUGACCGUAAAGCCUAUCCACGUCAAAAGCAUACAGCGAUAAAUGCAGCAGCAGAUUUUCUCGUUGGGUCAGAUGAUGGACAUGAGGAGCUAUUGGCUGCUGCAAAUGCUGUUAUUAAUCAUGCUCGUGCCCUUUCCAGCUCUUUUUGGAGGCAGAUGGAGCUGUUUUUUGGUUAUAUAUCUGAUGCAGACAUUGCUUUCUUAAAGCAACAAGGAAAUCUUGAUUCCAUUGCCCCUACGCCAACCCUAGUUCAUUCUAAUGUUGUUGGUUGCAAUACUGUUCCUAAUGGAUUUGGGUUGAUUGAACAAGAAAAAGAGAUGGGGCUUGCUACUGAAACAACAAGCAUCGAACUACUUGCAGAACAGUUAGUACCGGGCACAGGGGAUCAUAGUCUGAUUCCCUUAUGUCAGAGACUCAUAGCAGCUUUAAUAUCAGAAGAGGAUUGUAGUAAUGGAAAUGCAGACCUCAAAUAUAAUGACUAUGGAACUGAAUUUGAGCUGGAUGGAGAGUUGGAACCAAAUAGUUUGAAUCACCAGUCACUGGUUAGCUUUCAGUUUGCUGGGCCUACUGCUUUUAAUGGUUAUAGGAUAACUGGGAAGGCAGAGCAUGAUGAACCUGAAAGCAAUUUAGUGGACAUCCUAAGCACAGGGAUGAACUCAAGCUUUGGUCUUUCUCCAAAUGGCUUACAUUCGGACCAACCAUUGAUGCCUAACAUGGCAUGUUCAGAAUUUCAGUAUGAUAAUAUGCAGAUAAAUGAAAAACUUCUCCUGGAAGUUCGAAGUGUUGGUAUUUUUCCAGAACCUGUGCCUGACAUGGCACAGAUGGAGGAUGAAGGAAUCAGUGACGAAAUCAGUAGAUUAGAGGAGAAGUACCAAGGACAGGUUUCCAAGAAGAAAGGCUUUCUAGAUAGACUGUUGAAGUCUGCCUCAGCCAUGAAAGAUCUCCAAGAAAAGGAGUUUGAACAACGUGCCCUUGACAAACUUGUUGGAAUGGCCUGUGAAAAGUAUAUGACUUGUUGGGGUACUCAUGGAACCAGUGGGAAGGGUUCCAGUAACAAAUCUGCCAAGCAAGCUGCCUCAGCAUUUGUUAAACGGACAUUAGAACGAUGUCAUAAAUUUAAAGAUACAGGAAAGAGCUGCUUCAGCGAGCCCUUAUUUAAGGACAUGUUUCUUUCUGGGACUUUCAACCUUGAUGGUGCACGACAAGCUGAUACUACCACAGAGGGUGAAUCAACCAAACCAUAUGCCUCCAUCCGUUCUCUGGAAGCUUCCAUGGGUUCACAGCAAAGCCCUUCACAGUUUAGUCAGAAUCUGGACAACCAGGAUAUUAAUUCGAUGGAUGUGCUUACUCCUGUAAAUCACUUGUCUGAACAAACUACUGGUAGUGGUAGAGAAGAUACAUGGUCAAACAGGGUGAAGAAGAGGGAGUUGUUACUUGACGAUGUUGGUGGCACUAUUGGUACUUCGAGUGCCCCAUCAGGCAUUGGUAGUUCUCUAUCAAGUAGUGCCAAAGGAAAGAGAAGUGAGAGGGACAGAGAUGGAAAGGGACACAGCAGAGAGAUCUUAUCUAGAAAUGGGACUACUAAAAUUGGUCGACCCGCUUUAUCCAAUGUUAAGGGGGAAAGAAAAUCUAAAACGAAACCUAAGCAGAGGACAACUCAGCUAUCUGUUUCCGUAAAUGGCCUUGUUGGCAAGAUAUCAGAGCAACCCAAAUCAGCAUUGCCUUCUGUAUCAAAGUCAAAUGAAAUUGCUACACGUAGCAAUGUCAAGGGAAAAGAUGAGUAUGGCUUGGAUGUAUUGGAUGAGCAUGAGCCUCUUGAUUUAUCCCAUCUACAGCUACCGGGAAUGGAUGUACUAGGUGUGCCUGAUGAUCUUGAUGAACAAGGCCAGGAUCUGGGUUCAUGGUUGAACAUUGAUGAUGAUGCAUUGCAAGAUAAUGACUUCAUGGGCCUUCAAAUUCCAAUGGAUGACCUUUCGGACUUAAACAUGAUGGUUUGAAGUUGCUUUCUUUGUAUAGUCUUGUUCAUUAUACCAUUGACACACGAGAAAAAGUCGCUGUUGUCAAGAAAUGACCCGUUAUGGAUAGUCAUUUGGCUAUCGGGAUCACAAUUAGGUUAUAUAAAUUCUUUUGUAGACUCUGCACAAGUUGAUUUCGAGUGAACCUUUCGGAUGUUUUGGAUUUUGCUCCUGUAUUAAGUUGGUGACUUCGACUGUAAAUUUUUGUUCAAGGUACAAGUUAGUACGUCCUAGCAAUUAUAUCUUUAGCAAACACUGGAUCCUGGCUGUAGCUGUCACAAGUGAGAGAACAGUGCCUCUUGUAUUCCUCUUGUACAUACAUUUUAUAUUUCCAAUAAAAUCAGCUUUUUAUUCCA